CUUCCUUGCAGUAAGGAAGAUAUUCAGUCACGGACCCUGGCUGUCCCCACACACAAACGGCCUUGGUCGCGUCGAGUGGUCUUGGAUGGUCCCGAAUCCCAGCGCGUCCUUGGUUGCCGCCCGGCCUCGCAUGGCCCUAGCGCUGCUGUUGGUGCUAACCUUCGGAGCAAUCGCACCUCCCACCCGGGCAACAUUCAGGUCUCAAGACACUGCUGGAAACGAGCAGGCGGUUGCUGAGGCUAUCACCAGCAGAAACGCAGUUGGUGCUGCCCAAAGCGCGGCUGCCGGCUCAGCAGCAGCCGGGCCGGAUGAGGCAGCGGGCGCGGACGGGGACACAGGCGGGGACGAGGCCGAUGCGCACCUGCGGCGGAGACUGCUGUCAUUGCACGGGGUGCUGCUGCCCCAUCUGCAGCGGGGUGACGCACGGGCGCGGCGGGUGAUGGAGCUUCUGGCGUCGGUCGGGGCCCUGGGUGCGGAGCUGAGGGCCGCGGGCGACAGCUGGGCGGCGGGGCGUGCGGACGUGCUGUCCGCCGCCUCGGGGCGGGUGCGUGGCUCAUUGCAGCCGGCGGCGGAGCGGCUGCGGGAGGCGCUGCGGGAGCGGUGCAGUGACGCCGCGUUUGUGCCGCCCACCGACAAGCCCGCACAGAUAGCCGGCCCGGGCCUGACCUGCACCCUGGCCGGCUCCAGCUGCCGCCUGGUCCGACUGGCCGCACCCACCCGGCGCGACCUAGUGCUCACCUGCACGGAGCCGGCGGCCAGCGAGGCGCUGGUGCAGCCGCGGUACACCUCCGCCUACACCGCGGGGGCCACCCUCACCACCUCGGAGUGCAAGACCGACCGCCAGUUCGGGCUGGGCGGCACCGUCACUGCGGACCUGUGGCAGCCCGGCAGCAGGCCGCAGGACGCAGUGGGCACGUGGAGGAAGGUGGCGGACAGGUUGCGGCAGCAAGCCGCAGACGCUGUUGGCCGGGCAAGAGACAGGGCUGCGGCGGCGGCCGGCGCAGUGGGCACAGCAGGUGCAGCAGGCACAGCGGGCUCCGUGUUCUCUGCACGUGUGCGCAAUGGUGUCAGCGCCGAUGGCACAGCGGGAGGCGGCGCGGCUGGCACUGCGACUACUGCCAGCGGCAGUCGCACGACACCACUGCAGCGGCUGCUGCGCCCACACAGUGUGAUGGCGCGCGCCCUGCGAUUGGCUCUGAACAAGCACCGGGGCCGCCUGACCUCCGCAAUGGCGGCCUGGAUGCGCGCCCACGCAGACGGCGGCACCGCCUCGCUCCUGCAGCAGUCGGCGCCGGCGGCCGAGGACAGCGGCACUAGCAGCGCCGCCCGGCAGCAGGGUGCGGUGGCGGUGGCCCAGGCGGUGGCGGCGCUGAUGACGGACCUGGGUCUGGAGCGCCCGGCGGGGCAGCUGCUGAGUCAGCUAGGGGUGCAGGAGCAGGACGAGCCGCAGGUGGAGGAUCAGGGCGGCCGGGGCGCAGGAGGUGAGGGAGAGGGGAACGGGCAAGUGCCGUGGCAGGCGAGCGGCACGGCAGGAGCAGCGCGGAUGCAGCAGUCGGCGGCGGGGGAUGGAGCAGGCGCUGCGGGAGGCGGGGACGCGGUGAGCGGGGGCGGGAGCGGGGGCGGGGGCGUGGCGGGUGUGUUUGACCUAGUGGGGCGGACGGGGCUGCAGGCGCUUCGUGCGCAGCUGGCGCAGGCGGUCGCGGCACGCGGGGUGGGGGGCGCAGCCGGCGACCUGACCUCGCUCGCAGCAGACGUUAGCCUAGCAGAGAAUAUUGACCCGGCAGCGGGACCCAGGCAGCUGCUGAGCCGAUGGCCGAGUGGUGCCGUGGGGCCUGACGAGGGUGGCGAAAGGCCUGCUGCUGGUGCAACCACCGCGGCCCGUGAGAGCUCGGCGGUGCCUAAACAGCAGCUGCCGCUGCAGCUGCAGCGUCAACAGCUGCAGUUGCAAUUGCAGCCGGUUGCUAUGGACCAGGAGUGGCCGUCCUCGCCGCUGCCACCGCACCCGCCCCGCGCGGCGCAACGGGUCAGCGGGUCGGCGCCGCCGCUGCCCGACCUGCCCAGGCCGCAGCAGCCGCAGCCGCAGCCGCAGCCGCAGCAGCAACCACAGCCGCAGCAGCCGCAGGGUACUGGGCCGCACCUACGGGUGCAGGGCGUGGACACGCCUGCUGCUGUGUCGGGUGCCGGGCCCCAGCCGCGUGACCCCACCCCUGUGUCACCGCAGCAGCCAGCGCCCGGCGGCCAGGCUGGCGCGGCUACUGCGGCUGGUGGCGUGGGCGCCGACAGCGAGAGUCCCUGCUGCAGCAGCGCUAGCUGCAGCUUUGCACCUUGCAGCUACCAGGUCGCUGGCUCCUCAGCGUAUGGCGGCGGCUCAGUGGGCAGCGGGGCUACACAGGGCGCCACAGGCGACGCCUGUGCCUCGCCUUGCGCCGCACACUCGCCACCCAUCACAUCAACGUGCGGGAGCAACACCAGCAGCGGCGGCAUUGGCAGCCCUAGUGGAAACACCAGCAGCACCCGCGGCACCCACAGCGCCGCGAGCAUCUGCAGCGCAGGAACAAGCGGUGUCAGCAGCAGCCCCACCACCACCACCACGACGGGCGGCGGCAGCAGCGAGCGCGGCAUCAACCGGCUGUGGCGUCAGAAGUCCUCGCCGCCGGCAGAGCGCCAGUCACCGCAAGCAGCCGCGGCGCCGCUGCCGGGGGGCUCCACAAGGCAGCGCCGCAGCCAGGUGCCUUCCAAGACCCAACAGUCGCCGCGAGCCAAGCCAGUGUCGGGGCUCCGGCGCCUGCAGUCGCAGCCCCCGUCGCUGACACAGCCACUGCUCUCGCCGCAGCCGUCGGAAGAAUCGCCUGUUGCCGAUGUCGCCACGCUGCCAUGCGGCCGGGUGCAGCAGAAGCAGCAUGGCACACCCUCCGCCUCACAGACGACGGAGCCGGUGGCGCUGCCGGGGUCAGCCCUGGACCCGCCGCCGUCUGUGGGCGCUCUCAGGUCCGCUGCAGUUGCUGCUGCUGGCAGUGGUGGACCACAGCGACAGGCUGCUGCAGCCUCGCAGCUGCGGGCGGCGCCAGCAGGGCCUCAGCCGCAGCACCGCCCAGUGCUGGAUACCUCGUCACAAGCGAACCUCAGUAGUGGUGACGCCACUACUGCCUCUGCGGCUGCCGCUGCCCACAGGGACCUGGCAGCCCCACGCGUGCGGCCCCUCACACCGCAGCCGCCGCCGCCCGGCUCGGACCCAGCUUCACCGGCGGCGCAGCCACUGCAAUCGGCAGGACCGACGCACGCCGCUACGAGCGCCAGGGGGCCCCAGCACCAGACAUCUGCCCAUGUAGCAACAACAGCCUCAGCGGCAGCAGGCCAGGGGACCCGUGUCGGUUUCGGCGGUGGCGGCGGCAGCGGCGGCGGCAGCUCGGACGACCCUGAGGAUGAGGAGGAGCAGUGCUGCCGCGUGUGCCUGGAGCCGGUGUCACGCGGGCAGCUGCGCAGCGGUGCGGCGGUGCGGCUGGGCUGCCGGUGCAGCUCGGGUCUUGACCUGCUUCACCGCGACUGCGCCGACCGCUGGUUCCGGGGCGUGCGCUGCAGUGCCGUGUGCGAGGUGUGCGGCGGUGAGGCGGCGGGGCUGCCCGCCCGCAUCAAGGCGGCCAUCCGGUGGCAGCAGCUGCUGAACCCGCGCCGCGGCCCCCUGCAGCACCACCACCUCAUGGCCACACCCGACGGCGCGGGCGGCUGGCUGGCCGGCUCCGGCGGCUCCGGCGUCGUGGCCGUCAACAGUGGCGGCGGUAGCCCGUCGGCCUCACUGCCUUCCUUUCUGGGCGUGUACACACUGGUGUGCCUCAUGCCCGCCACCCUGGCAUCCAUGGGCCUCGUGCUCUUCUACUACCGCUACGUGGGCUGCGACGCGGGUGUGACCAUGGCCCUGAGCAUCCUCACCGCCUCCGCCACCAUCGUGCACUGGGUGUGCCUGCCCUUCAGGCCGGUGCUGCACGUGCUGUUCUGCGUGUUCACGCUGGCCUGUGUGUUCGGGACAACACUGCUGCUGGCGCGCACCGCGCACUGGGCGCCCGGCCUGGUGGCGGCGGUGGGCGCGGGCAUUGGCUUCGCAGUGGGUGUGGCGCUCUUCUACGGGCUGUUGCACCCCCUGGCGGGCCUGGUGCGGCUGUGGUGGUGCGAGGCGGCGGCGAGGCAGCGGGUGCUCUCGGCGGUUGCGGCUGCGGCUGCGGCGGGCGAGGGCGCGCCAGGGGCGGGAGUGGGAGCGGGAGGAGGCGCGGGGAGGACGGAGGUGGAUGGGGCGGCGGCGCUGGGGCGGCGCAGGCGCGCGGCGGUCGCGGCAGUGGCGGCGCCUGCUGGCAGUGUGGAGGGCGGUGGGGACUUGGAGAUGCAGGCGACGGCUGGGAUGGCAGGUGGCGGCGAGUUGGGGCGUGAGGGGUGGGUUGGCGGCGGCGGCAUCAGCCGUGGCGGCAGCAGCAGCGCUUCGGAUAUCCUGCGUGUGCUAGCAGGGGAGGACGGGGGCGAGGGGCCGGCCGCUGGCAGUGGUGGGGCGGGCGGUGCGGUGGGCCAUGGCCGCACGGGCUCGGCUCAGGUGCCGGGACCGGGGCCGUCCGGGUCCGGGUUGGGGCUGCUGGGUUUGAUGGUCAUGUCGGCGGGUGAGCACACGGGCGUGUGCGUGUGAGGGCACAGCGGCGUGUGCGCUUGCGUGGCUGGCGAGCUGUUCGAGGUGUUGCGGGUGCCGGAUUUGACUUGUGGAGGCAGCGGAGAUGAACGUUACCUGACGUGCUUGAAAAAACGCAACACGCACAAGCGAACGUGUAGUUCACGGCGUGAGCGGCGCAUGUGCAUCAAGGGUGAUAUGCAUUGGGGGGUGCACACGCAAUGCUCGGUGCCAUACAGUGUUGCUAUGAGGCAGUUGGGUGAGGGGCAGUGUGCGAAGGAUUUGAGGCUCUGCGUGGUGCUGGUGGUAGGUGUUCGGGCAUUCAGGUCACCGCUGACGCACUGAGGAAAGAGGCACUGACGCACUGAGGGAUGAGGCACUCCGGUACUGGUCUAGGCUGGGGCCCUGGCAGUAAGUACCGUGUACGGGUUCUUGUAGGCUGCAGAGGUCAUCCUGGCUCAGGCCUCCGGUGAACGGGGGAGGGCACUUCCGCAGCUGUAUCGAGUACGGGAAUUCGAUGGAG